AUGUACAUGGUAAAAGCAGAGCCGAAUAAAAUCCUCCCACUGGUGAUGCUAUUCCCCGACCUAUUCUUGGAUUUGGAUUUGGUUUGUUCCGAGAGCAGUGCUAGUGAAUCAUCGUUGGAGUCAUCCAGUGGUUAUGGAAGUCAAGGUGCGUUCGCUGCCGAAGAUCAUGGACACCAGCAUCAAAUACAACAUCCCGAUGUUGAUUCGGAGAUCGUGACGUUGAGACGCGACAUUGACGCAUCAGUCGCAGCGGCUCGGGAGAGCUUCUCGAUAUCCCUCGGGAGCCUCGAGGAGGCCGUCAGGUCUCUGGACGAGGUCAACGAGACACCGACUUUUGCGACCAUCGGCAAGAAACCCGCCGUUCCUAAACGGCGACCACUGUCCAUGUCAGCGACAGUAUAUUCACGGCGUGGCUCGUCCACCUCCUUAGGAAAACCACCACCGCCGGUGCGACGCUCUUCUUCCAUUUCGCGACCUCAGAGACCUCCAUAUGUACAGAGCAACAUGGCGAGUCCCCAGAUGAACACCACGGACGCGGACAACUUGCCGCCGCCGCCGGCGUUCUUGUUGCAGCCCGAUAACGAAUCUAAUACGGCUCACGCCGGUAUAAACGUGGCCGAAACCGUGAAGCAACUAACCGAAUUGAAACACAUGCCGGCAUCGCCGGGAUUGGUACGACGCACUGUUCAGAACCAAAAUCAGAACUUGACCGUCAACGCGAACCAAACUCAGAACCAGAACCAAUCGCCGUCCCUGACCACGUUCCAACAGGCCAAGAGCAAUAUAAAUGCCAGCUUAAGCGGAAACUUGAAUCCGAUAUACGGACAGACGGGACAUCGUAUAAUGGCAUAUGUGGAGAAUUCUAUAUAUGUGAGAAAGAGCAGCCUCAAUGUGUCCAGCUCGGAUCUUUUCAGGGAUGGGAAUACUGGAAACAUUUACGGUGAAGGAAAGGGAUCUCCACAUGGAUCCAGUCCCUCUACUCCGAGCUACGGUGAGAACAACUCAUUCUCCAGCUUCGGACCUAGGGUCACCAACGAUUCUCAUUAUGGACAAACCGGCUUCAAGCUUCAGCAGGAGAAGAAAUAUUCGCAGAACAACAGCAUCUACGCGCAGCCGGCACAGCUGGGCGGCACCACGUUGAGUCCCUUAGCGUUGCGAAGAUCGCUGGCGGCCAGGUCUCACAGUGCCGACAGGCAUUCCGAACAAGGCGGACUGAUUGCGAGUCUCAGCGCUAAACUUGCUCCACAACUGUCGCCGCGAACUUCGAGACGAGUAAUCUCAACAAUCACGUCCGCUGAUACCACGCCUAAAGGAAAAGGUAAUCUACCUUCAGCUGUACAGCCAGCGUUCCUCGACAAGCUUUCGGCGACCAUACAGCAGCAGAGACGACAACUGGAUUCUUCAAGAGCCAACACUGUGAGGGAAAUGAUAAAUGCCCAUGCUCAGCCUGACCCGCGAGUUUGCCACACGUCAUUAAUGGAGCAAAUAAAACGCGGUGCAACGUUGCGCCGCAACAAACAUUGUAACGAUCGAUCGGCGCCAAAAAUACGCUAG